AUGUCAUUCCUCCUCGCCCGCACCUCAGCCGUCCUCGGCGUCGGACUUGGUCUCUCCCUCAGUCCGCUCUCCCCCUUCCGAUCCGCCCCAAUGCAGUGCCAAUACAGCGCCCCCAACUACCGACCCGAGUCGCAGGCCUCCCCAGACUCAGCCUGGGCCGUUGACCGCAGCGACCCGGUGCUACUCAAACAAGGAGCCACGAAACACAAUUCUCCAAGCGGGUGGUUAACGGCGUCCAAUAUGCGACAGGUGAGUCUGGGGAGUGUCCUCGGGCUGGUUGUGGGGGUGGGGUUGAGGGCGUUCUCGAGGGUCUUGGUUGUCCUUUUGGGCAUGGGAGUUGUGUUUAUUGAG